CAUCAGAAGUAUCUGGUGUCGCGGCCACUGCUAAAAUAACCCGGAACCGGCCGGGGCUUUAAUAUACAGUGGCGUUUGCUGACAAAGCAUCGCCGGGACUGUUGUAGUGCCCAUCGAUCCGUCACUAACCGUAGUGAACCCGAGCUAGCGCAGCAGCCAUGUUGGAGUUUCUGCUGAGCAGGAUCGACGUCCCUUACCGUUACGCCACGGUGAGCAGUUUUCUGGCGUGUCUGGCGAUCCAGGAGGCGCUCAGCCCAUGGAUGUCCCGGGCGAUGACGUCGUCGUACGCACAGCUGUCGCCUGUACAGCAGGUGGAGUGGGAUAACAGGAUUAUGUCCAUCGCGCAUGCGCUGACGGCGUCGUUCCUAUCCCUCCUGGCGUUUUUCAGUGACGAAGGUUUGACCCCGGACGCUGUCAGAUAUAACUCCCACCUCGUGUUGCUGGGAUCCGCCAUACUUCUAGGAUACGCGUUGGCAGAUCUAGUCGAGACGUGCAUGCGGCCACGUGCCCUGUGGACAACAGACAUGGUCUUCCAUCACGUGAUAUGCAUUUGUAUCCCGUGUGUCUACUUCAUGUACAGAUGUGCUCCCUAUUACGGAAACAUAGGAUGGAUGGCGGAGAUUUCAAGCCCAUUUCUACAUAUAAGACGAUUGCUAAUGAUGACGGGGUCGAAGAAGACGUCCCAAGCCUACAAGGUCAACGGCAUCCUGUUCGUUCUAACGUUCUUCGUGUUCCGUAUCGCCGUGAUCCCCUGGUUCUGGCACAACUGGCUGUUCCGGCUGACGGUGAACCCGGAGUACCGGCUGCCUGAGAACGCCGUGCCGCUCAACACGUCGCUGGCGGAGGGGGUCAUCAUGAACGUGCUCAACUCCUACUGGUUCGUCAGACUCUGCAUCGUUACGUGGAGGCACAUAAACCUCUCAAAAGAACACGACGAUUGAUCGAUAAAGCCAAUCAUAAUAAUUAUUACUAUUUUAUCAGUAGAUCAUGUAAAACAGAUUUGAGAAUUGGAGCGGGACAAUGUGAAUGUGGAAGGGCACUGGUGACACCUUUUACGUUG